UAUAAGUCAUACUGUCAUACUAACUUGUCAACGAAUAUUAAAAUUUAUGUGUGCGAUCAUAAUGAAAAAUUAAGGAAAAUUAGCUACCACUACAUUGUAUGGGCUUUUUAAGAUAUGUCUGAUAUCUCCAAGUAUCCCUGCUUAGCGGCUGCAAGCGCUCCGUACCUGUCACCGGGUGACUCCGCUCCGAUCCCAAUGUGCUCAUGGAUCUACCAAUGGGGAGCCGACAAAGAUUGGACGCAGUACAAACCAUCAAAAACCAUGAUGCAUACCAUCGGGAACGCUCAGAAGCAACAGUGGAUCAGCAAUCGGAUACAUCCGGAUAGGGGAUGUGGUAGCUGUUAUACUAAGUCUAGACUUCGCAAUUAUUCCCCACCUACACCUCAGAAACCUGCGCUUGAACAUUUAAUACCAGCAAAGACAGGCGGAAGUCAAUAUACAGGAGUUUGCUACUCGAAUCAAUACAUAGAAAGUACCUGCAGAUAUUAUAGUAUCACUAAUGAACUGACAAGUGUGACAGAGCCUUCUAUUAGAAGUUAUCUAAGUCCUCCUUGCUAUUGCAACCUGCAGAAAACCCAAUUCAGACCUCAGAAAGCUAAGGUGGAACCUUUAAUGCCUGCUGUGACGGGGGAUCGUGGAUACUCUAGAAAUUGCUCCAAAAGGUGCACAAAAAACACUUGCAGUUUCUAUAACAAUAAAAAUCAACUGAAAAGUAAGACUGAACCUUGCAUCAGAAAUACUAUAAGGGAAUCUAACCCUCAAAAACCUAAAGUCGAACCGUUGAAAACCGCAGUCGCAAGCAAAUGCCAAUAUUCUGGAAACUGCUCGAAACAACGUUCUAAAAAGACGGAACCUUCAUUACCGGCAGCGUCUUCUGAUAGGAAAAAUAUAAUCAGUCGCUCUGAAAACGUUAUAUUACCGUAUGAGUAUCGUCGAAAUCCUAAGCCUCAAGCAGAAUUGCGGAAAACACAAUCUGAUGUAUCAACAUGGACAUGUAAUAAUAAAUCUGGUACGCAUACAGAUGGAGAAUUACACUGUGACAAGCAGAUGUCAACUGGACCCACCCAGGAUUGCAUUCAACAUCAGUACUACCAGGUGCCGUGCUGCAAAUGUGGAAAAUUCCACUACCAACAGCAAACGAUCGUAUGCGGAUCGAUAAAUCGUAACGAGCUGCCGGAGAGAGAUAACAUGGCAAAAAUAAGAAGAGACUCAAGCUAUUGCGGAUGCCAUGAUGGCAACCGGUCGUGCAUCAACAGGAAGGACCCGAAGAAAUGCAGUUGCGCUUGCACUUGUAACAUACUCAUGCCACCUAGCGAAUCUUGCGUUAGUCAGUGCCCAGUCAAGGAGUCUUGCACGCAAUCGGAGACAGGCGUCGUUUAUGUUGAUCAAGAGGUAAUGGCCAAUCCAAAAGUCGAAAACAGGGAGGUCCUAGCAUAUUCCAUGCAUCAGAAGUCUAGUAUGGACCAGGCAUCUAGCAGACACCAAACAACAAACAUACGGUCGCAACCAAGCAAAGAACAAAUGACGAUGACGGAGACGUAUUCCAGGGAAGAAAUGGUGAUGACGGGUGAUCCUUUUGCUGUGCGAUCGCUAUGCCAAGGGAGGAGCACUCCAUGUUGCCCGUGUCCCAACGGUGCCAGCAUUGAAGAGGAACCAGCACCGCCACGCCGGAUCACUCCCUGUAUGCUAGGGCCGUUUCCUUGCCAGCAGUUGGAGUCUCGUUCAGCUGUCAGGAUGAAGAGUACGUCAUCUCAAGCGAUGCCUCUUGGAUUACAAUAUCGCAUUGGGCUAGUUCGUAACUUUUUCCAGGGGGCGAUAUUCACCAAUGCAAGAGCCCAGGCGUGUAUGCAACGAAUGUUUAAGACCAGAAGAAAAAAAGUGCUGCUACGGAGACGAAACGUUUAGAGCCUUUUUAGAACAAGAUGCGAGGUGAUGCCAACAAUCUAACUUUUUAGAGGAUAGAAUUACAUUUUUGUUGACUAUUGAUUCAAUUUUUUGGCAGGAAUCGUUCGGAAAAAUCCGUAGGAACAGAUGACGAUAAGAAGAGAUGCUUCCUAUUUAAGAAAAACAAGCACAAACCGGAUAAGAAACGAUAGUGUGUCAUUGUAAUAGCUGUAUGUAUACGAAACGUGUAAUAAAGUAACUUGAAAAACGCUUGGAAAAAAGUUGUAUAUACUUUAUAUAGUUUACUAGAAAAAUUAUUAAAC